GAAGUCGCAAGAUGGCUGAUGUCGCUUGGAAGUAUGUUCCCCUCUGCAACAUGAAGUCGUGAGUGUGGAAAAAAGCGAGGGAGGCACCAUCGGGCUUUUAUUUUUAUUUUAUUUUAGUUCGUUUUCUUUUAUUUCUUCAAACAUCCAUUUCAUUCCGCGUCGUGUCCGCCCCGGACUUGUCUUCGCGAGUUGACGCGUCAAUCACGCCGGGGACCCUGCCAGCAGCUAACACCAGCUAGCCAGUUCGUUAGCAAAUAUUACCAGAUAGUCAGUCAGCUCGCUGGUUUGAGUUUUAUUUGAUAUUCCGACACCUGCACGAUAACAAGCUACCACUACACGUUUGCUGAAAUCUGGCUACACCCAGCAAUAUUGUUGGCAGGCAUUUCAGUCGUCAGAUUUAAAUAACGAUAUUGCUAGCUCGAUUUAACAUCAUGUCCGCAAGUCAGCCAGCCAGUUUGUAGGGCACUAAUGCGCAGUAUUCCAUCUCAUUUGUACGAUUCAGUGGGAUUAUUUUUUCGGCAGCAUUACUCAUUAAACAUCCACAAGAUAGCUGCAACAUCGUUAUCAGUUGCCAACUACAUUUCUUGAUUUAUUUGGGAAGCCAGUUAUCUUAAUGCCAAGUUAUGGGGGUAAGCUAUUUUGUAAACUUUUUCUAGCUGCAGCUAACCAAGACUAGCCUUGCUGGCACCUCACCAAAUUAUCAACAGGGAUGGACUAAACUCCACACUCACGACCAAAUCUGAAAGAUUGAUAUUCGAUUCCCUCUUAUAAGUAGCUGACACUCAGAACACUCGCAAGACCGUACAUGUUUGAUCAAUUCAGCUGAGUAUUCAGUUGUUUUGUAAGGUUAACUCGACUUGAAGUCAGUCACUACAUCAGAGACAAGUUAGCUUGCCUACAGUGCACAGCUAGCUGUCGUCUCGCCCCACAUAACAUUACAGCCACGGCGUACAGAACGUAUCCCGAGCCCACUCCCGGCCAGACACACAGGCUCAACAACACCGUCAUGGGAGUACAGGGUUUCCAAGAGUAUCUCGAGAAGCGUUGUCCCGGGGCUGCGGUCCCGGUUGACCUCCUGAAGCUUGCUCGCACCGCGGGCCGCCAGCCCCCGCACCACCAUCACCCACACCACCAUCCACAUCACCCCGGGCCCAUGCCUCCCCCGCCCCCGCCUGCUAGGAUCCUAAUCGACGCGGAUUCCGGCCUGCAGCGCCUCUACGGUGGCUACCAAACGGACUGGGUGUGCGGGGGCGAGUGGAACGCCAUGCUUGGCUAUUUAGCUGCCCUCUCACAGGCUUGUUUGUACCAGGGUGGCCUAGAGCUGGUUGUGGUGUUCAACGGUACGCUGGGAAAGGAGCGCUGGCCCGAGUGGGCGCGGCGAGCUCAGGGCCAGCGACAGACAGCGCAGCUUAUAGUCAACCACGUCGGCAGCAAGGCCACCCCGCCUCCCCGGGCAUGGUUCCUGCCCCCGGCCUGCCUUAGCCACUGUGUCCGCCUCGCCAUGUUCCGUUUCCGAGUGCGGGUUGUUCAGACUUUGGAGGACCACCACCAGGAGGUGCUGUCUCUCUACAGGGACUUUGGCUUUGCCGGUCUGAUUGCUCAGGAUUCUGAGUUUGCCCUCUGCAAUGUACCGGCCUAUUUCUCCUCACAUGCUCUCAAACUGAGCUGGAAUGGCAAGAACCUGACCACACACCAGUAUCUGCUGUCUGAGGCUGCCAGGCAGCUUGGGCUCAAGACACAGCAUCUGCCUUGCUUUGCUGCUCUGCUGGGAAACCACAUCCUGCCUGAUGAGGACCUGGCUGCUUUCCACUGGAGUCUGCUGGGACCAGAACACCCACUAGCUUCCCUGAAGGUGCGUGCCCAUCAGUUGGUGCUACCACCCUGUGAGGUGGUGAUCAAAGCCGUGUCAGAGUAUGUGUCCUCCAUCAAAGACUUGGGAAACCUCGAUGCAAUUGCCAGAGAUGUCUUCAAACAAUCACAGUCUCGUAUGGAGGACAAGGUGGAGCGUUUCAAAAAAGCUGUAGAAUAUUUCUCAGCUGCCUCCAAACCACGCCCACUUAACUUGGGGCCCUCCCCUUUCAUUUUGCCUGGGUUUGGACCGAAUCCAUUUGGGGGACCACCUGGCCACAUGGGACCGAUGCAGCCUGGGAAGAAUCAGUUCCCUCCUCCCCAGGUCCCAGGGCUUAAGCCACCCUAUCAGAAUGCCCCAUAUGGACCUGGAUCCACCAUUCUUUUCCAGAACCCACAACCUCCAAUGCAAGACUGUAACGAUUCACUGACAGGCAAGAUGGGCUUCUCUGACUGGUCAGCUCCAUAUGAUUCAACUCAGGGGGGAAGUCGAUUACCCAAUCACCACACUGGUGCUCAGUCUGGCCCCUCUCCCUCUCCUCCCUCAUCCUCUGAUGGAGAUGAACCUAAUGACAGCAAUGCAAAUCAUUUAACAGACAAGUCCUCUAGGUGGGAGGAUCCCUCUGGUAGAGGGGUCUCGGUCUCUGGAGACGGUUCCCAUGGCAAUGGGAGCGGGUCAAACAUUCCAUCACUGCUGUCUAUGGCAACACGCAGUCACAUGGACAUAACCACACCCCCUCUGCCUCAGGUUAGUGCUGAGGUGCUUCGUGUGGCUGAACACAGACACCGCAGAGGACUGAUGUACCCCCAGAUCUAUCAUAUAUUGACUAAGGGAGAAAUGAAAAUGCCAGUGUGUAUAGAAGAUGAGUGUAACUCUGAGCUGCCUCCCGCCUCUUUGCUGUUCCGUGCUGCCAGACAGUAUGCUUACGGCGUCCUCUUUAGCCUGGCUGAAACACACCGACGUCUGGAGAGGCUCGCUCUGCGCAAGAGGGGUCCCCUGGAAGUUCCUCCAGUAAUUGUGAAAGAGUGGAGUAGUGGUAAGGCCAAGUCAGCACUGACCCCAGAGCUGGUUCCAGCCCUGUGUUUCCGUGAGUGGACCUGCCCCAACCUGCGACGGCUAUGGUUGGGCCGGGCUAGCGAGGACCGCUCCAGAAGAACCAGAGCUUUCCUGGCUUGCCUGCGCUCUGACUGCCCCGCCCUGCUCAACCCAGCACAGGUGCCUCAACACCUACUGCUCAUGUGCUGUGUGCUCAGGUAUAUGAUGCAGUGGCCUGGUGGUAGGAUCCUUCAGAGACAUGAACUGGAUGCCUUCUUGGCCCAAGCUGUCUCCAAUCAGCUCUAUGAACCCGACCAACUACAGGAGCUUAAGGUGGAGAAAGUGGAUGCCCGCGGUGUGCAGCUGGCUUCUCUUUUCAUGGCCGGUGUCGAUACGGCACUGUUCGUUAACGAUGUGUGUGGCCAACCAUUGCCAUGGGAACACUGCUGCCCCUGGGGCUUCUUUGACGGCAAACUGUUUCAGAGCAAACUGGCCCGGGCUGCUCGUGACAGAGCUGCCCUAUUGGACAUGUGCGAGGGGCAGGAGGAGCUAGUUUCCAGGGUAGAAAAGAUGCGCCAAGCGAUCCUCGAAGGCAUCAAUCUUUCUCGCCCACCCCCUCCUCCACCUCCACUCCCACCUCCUGCCUUCCUGCCCCCUGCCAUGGUGCCCCCCUUCUACCCCAUGCCUCCCCUCUACCCACCUCGCCCUAUGGGCAAUAUGCCCCCUCAUCAUCACCCACAUCACCCUCAUCACCCUGCCCAGCACAGGCCCAGAGCCUUCCCAGGUAUUCAGUCCAUUCCCCCUCAAGGUGGGAAGUUGGAGAUAGCUGGCAUGGUUGUGGGCCAAUGGGCUGGGAAUAAACCAAUCCGUGGGAGAGGGGGGUUCAACAUGCAGGUGGUGUCAGUGGGAGCAGGGAAAGGGAGGGGUAAGGAGAUUACAGCAAAAGUAAGGGGUGGGAAAAAGACAACUCUCAGUAGAACACAGACGUCAUCAUCCCCCCCAUCUAGCAGUCCCCCAAAGCCCUCAGAGGAGGCGGGUUCUACCACAGAGGUUGUGAAUCAGCAGCUGAAUGGCAGCUCAGCUGCCUCCGCCAUUGGCCAGUCCUUGGACCUGGCCCCCCUAGCCCAGCCAAUCCCAUGUGCCUUAGCCAGCAGAGACAACCAACCAGAGGGGGUAGAAGUGGAGGCCCCCUGUUGCCUUGAUGACUGCCCGUCAGAUGGAGCAUUACAGAAAGAGGAGUGAAGGCGUCCUCCCAGGAUGCAUUGCUCUGAGAGAAUGAUCUGUGUUCGACUGCCUUUCCCUGUUUUGUAGCCCUGCCUGUUAGCUGUCUACGUCAUCACAUGGACCGAGAAGUGAAGGGGGGAGGGUUCCACUUUAAGCACCUCCCUCCUCCUCUGUUGCUUUGUGUGAUAGGCCAGAGCAGUUGGCUGUUUUCCCCGUUUAGUUUCUCAUGUGGUUCUGCAUUCUGUUAUGAAGAGAUUUUCUCCACGAGUCUGUUAGCGCCCCUGGAAAAAUCCUAAUUCCCUCCCUCCCAAAUUCAAAGUAAAAUGAGCUUGAUGCUGUUUGGCCCUGCAAUAUAAUCCACAACUUAAACCUUCUCUUUUGUAGGGAUCUGCACAGUUUGACUUUUAUUUUUUUUCUCGUUUUAGUGGUCCCAUUGUUAGACUUUCGACUUGCUGCACACACAAAUGUUCUAAUCUUACGGUUACAGUGACUGAUUGGAUGUGGUUUCCAUGGUUAUAGCAUCUAGGCUUGGUCGCUGUGGUUGGUUGCGAAGUGCUAAUGUGGUUUGUUGCCAUAGCCAUUCAUGUAAGCUGUGUCUUGCAUGAGUUUAGAGGGUUAGCAAGAGUUUGACUCUGGUUAUGUGAGGAAAAUUAGAAAGCUGGGAAAGGAUUUUAACUGAACAAAAUGUGCUUUUUUUCUGUGCAGUGUCCAGUGUCCCCCAUACUCUGCAGAUCACCCUACUUGUGUUAGCCAAGAGACUUAACACAUGGAAUGCUAGCAUACUUGCUAGCUAUGAACCCGCCUUUAGGUAAAUUAGUAAUCAAAGGAGCACUUCUGCACCACCAUGGUUUUGCGUGCUAACUUACCUUGACCUACAUAGCAUAGCUUAGCACUUAGCUCUGCCACAAGACCCCAGGAAUUUUUGCACCUUAAGCCCUAAAGUAUGCAAGGUUUUACCCCCCCUUCCCCCCAGAUGUGCAUUACUCUAUCUUCCCAAUUCCUUGCCCCUAUUUCCAAAAAGCUUUGAUUGUAUAUCCCAACAGAGAGCACUUAUUGUUGUAUUUUAUUGUAAUGAAUUAGAACAAACCCCUUUUAAAGUCGAACAGUCUAUAAGGGGUGUCCCCUGCGCCUGACUAAAUCACAAAUUGUAGAACUACAUUAUAAGGUAGAGAUCUAUUUGAGAGACGUCAGAAUGUGAACAGAGUGGUUUCCAACGUAGAAGCACUUUGUUUUAAAAACGUAAAACCACACUGGACAGUCCUCUACCAGGAUAAACAAAAUAAAGACUCUUGAGGCACCUUCUGGAGUUAAGGCCAAAAAUAAAUACACAUGUUGCCCAGUGAAUAAAUGGAAGUCAAUAGUGAGGGUUAGGGUAACUGCCAGUAGGCACAAUACCCCAUAGAUUCGCCUCACACAUGUGCAUUAUAAUCUUGGUAACACUUUAUAUUAAAUCUCCAACGACUCCCUUUUCUCACUCCAGAGAGUAAUUUUGAGUGGUUUUAGAUUUGGAUAAAGUAAUUCCCAAAGUGUAUUUUUUUAAUAAUGCCAGCCUAGUGAGAUGGUUUGGUGAUAGAAAGGGGCGUGGCAAUGAUGACUCAGAGAUGCCCCCUGUGGCAGUUGGCUAACCAUUGUCACAGUGAUUGCCCAACACCAGGAGCUCCUAUUCAGGAUGGCUCCCAUGUGUCCCUUUAGACCAACAUGAAGCACUUCCCUCCCUGCAAGGCCUCAGCCACUCAAGGCAGAGGUUUGGGAGUUGGAGCAUGUGUCACAUGAAAGGGGAGAGGUAGGCCACAUGGUGGCCUUAAGUGUUCCACCCAACAACUGAGACCUUUAAGAUUUUGAAUUCUUUCAUUAGAGCACUUAUGCUUGCAAAGGAUGAGAUGUGUCCCCCAAAGUAGGUUUCAUCUGACAAAGGAAAACUUAAGUAUUUUCUUUUUAUCAGUCGUUUGUAGCACAAUUGCAAAAUUAAAAGCAUAGAUGGACAGAUACUUCUGAAAGAUUCUGGCCAUAAACAUUCUCUUUUUGAGAAACCAAUACAGGAAAAAUGUUGAAAUGAACUAAUGAUGUUAAAAUAGAAAGGCAUGUCAACAAGAAGCACCUUAUUUUCUUAUUAUGAUGAUGACUUAUGCUCUAUUGUGUGCCACAAAAUCCACAUGGAAAAAGUUCUUUGGAAAUGGCGUUUUGAAGGAAAAGAAAACCCUGACUAUAUCUAAGUGUUAAUGUAGUCGUGUCAGACAUCCCCUACGUUAUGAACUCAACCGUUUUCAGUCAAACGCUGUAAAGUGACCCAGCGGUGAAUAUAGGCCUAUGCUCAUGGAGCGAAGUCUUGCCGCUCACUCCUAAACCAGCACCAAAAGUAAUCAAAGGUUUGGAAUUAUUAGAUGUUAUUGGUAGGGAUUAACCAUACGAUACAGAGUGCUUUAGGUGUUUUUAGGUUAAGAUUAGAUAACAGCGUCGGACUCAACACAGGAUUGUAAUACACGGACACCAAGACUAGGCUAGAGAAUAUAGUACCGCUGGCCGAAAUACUCAGUCUAGAAUUGCUAGGAGUCAUAUACUUAACUGCUUUCAACUUUUGACAUUAGUACAAAUAUGUGUAUUUCAACAGUACAUUGUAAGAGGAUGGAUUUUCUGUGGCGAGCCAGUGUGAUCUGGUUACAAUGCCCUCUCGUUUCGCUCGCCAGAUAACAGAAUUUUAAACAGACACACACACACGUGCACACAUACAAAAAUACACUUGCAUACAUAAACAGACAUGCAUACAAACAGACACAUUUUCAGUUGCAUUUGUUACCAGCAGCAUUCUCUCUGCUUUUGUGCUGAAGUGGUUUUUGUGUAGUUUCAGUUACAGUGGAGUGGUUGUCAGUUCAUCAGAGAUCAUUUGGUAACACAUUCUACUGACUAGAAUCCCACAUUAAACUUGCAUGGACAGAUAAGAACACAACUUAGACGUGUCAGGUAGACUCAAAAUAUUUUCAUCUUAUACUCACACAAAACAAUACAUGCAUACACACAGAUACAUAGAUGUUAUACCCUGAAUUACACACUAGCUAGUUUGGAAAAAAACGUCAAUACAUACAAUACAUGAUGUAGUGUCCCUCUUUUGUCCUUGUCUUUUAGUUUUUUAGAUAUUUGAUCAAUGAAUUUUUUUAUGCUUGAUAUCCUGACCUCCUCAAUGCUACAUUUUCUCCCCUCUCUUGCCCUGUCUAGUUCCUCUUCCUCCAACUCUCUGCCCCACUUUUUUUUUUAAUUUGCUGCUCCUCUCUGCCCUCCAUUCUUCCUCUGCCCUUCUCCCUCAUAGAAUGCAUGCAUUCAUACUUGGUCAAACUGGACAGUUUAAUCCAUGCUCACUGUCCCAGUUGCAUAUUAAACUCACACACAGAUAACCCUCCUAUCAAUCCCUGCUACUUCAGCUUUGUUUUUGUGUUUUGGUUUUUUUUUUUGUGGUUUUUUUCUGGAACCCCACUCUUUCCCUGUCCUUUAGCCAUAGGACCGUUUCUAUUGGCCGUUUUCUCUCUCUCUUUGGGCUGCCCUGCCCCUUAAUCAACCCAACUAACAGUAAAGGUUAUAUUAACGUUGAUAAUCAAUAUCUCUAUGUAUCUAGCCAGUCUGGAAAAAAGGAAAAAAAUCAAAACUGUUUUAUUCAAUUUUACAAAUGUGUUUUCUUACUAUUUUUAAUGUCAUUACAUCUUCUAAUCUAAUCCUUCUACCAUUGCUUCAGUUAGUACUGAAAUAUGCUUAGCCAACCUAGAGAUUUGAACUGUAAUGAUUGCGAGUUUCCUUACCUGUAUUUUAUAUGGCAUCUUUAGAUCACUUCACCAUUAUUAUGUUUGUGAGUAAGUAUUGCCCGUUUCAAUUGAAAAUCGUCGUCUGCACUAUGUUUGAUUCUCAUAUUAUCCCUGAUAUCAAUUACAUGGUCGUCUCAUUGUCAAAUGAAGCUGAGUUCUGCGCCCUUGCACAAAGCAGCUGAACAUCUCAUCUAAACACCUGAGAACCAAAGUAUAAAUAGUGUAUCCCUAUAUUGCCCUUUUAUUCCCUUGAGACUGAUGAUCUGCCCCAAGUAACAAGUUUUCUGAUGAGUAUGAUUAUAUAAAUAUAUAUAUAUAUAUAAAUAUAUACACACAAUGACAUUACAGCACAUGUGAUUUAUGAGUAUUUGAGGUAACAGUACAUGUUUAUUUACACUGUGGUAGUUGUGGAAACACAGACAGGGAAGAGGAGGAAGUGUUUGUGGGUAGUGAGUGAGAGAUGCCAGUGGCCAGGUUUGGUCACUAGGUCAGGGUCAGUUGUGGAGCUUGUCAGUGAUGCCUGAGGCAGCAAUUGGUGAAAGGUAUGUGCAGGUGUUGGUGAAUCCAGUACUGCUCUUGCUCAUUGUAAUUUUUAAGGUCUUUAUUGACUGACAUCAGGCUGAGUGAAUCACUGCACACACUGACAUCAGAUCUGAAAUUUAACAUCUUGGGAAGAAUGACACCUGUCUAACAGAUAUGGCCCCUUUUUGUUCCAUUCCUCUAGAAGGGUGAUUGUCAUCUCUCUAUACACUUACCUUUGCAACAUAUUGUCAUGCCGAGUCUGUUUUUCUGUAUGGAGGUGAAACCUGCAAAUGGUUAGAGCUAUGUGAGUUGAAUUUCCCCCAAAACACAGAUCUGAGAUUGGUUUUUAUUCUAACUGCCCCUCACAUAAAAAGUGGACUCCGAGCAAGAAAUGAGCCUGUGAACAGUCCGUUGAUACCCAUCUGUAAACAGAAACGUUUGAUUUUUCCAGUGACCUGUCAUCCUAUUUUGUACGAGUGCAUUAUCUUGCUUUAAAAUUUAUUUUAACAUCUAUGGGAACCUUUUCCCUACCAAGUCUACCUCCAGGGGUGAAGGUAAAGCUGAUCUUAGUUUAAGCUUGGGGCAAAUUCACCCUGUUGGUAAUGAUGAAAUCAGUGUUGUGUCCAGGGGUUAACGCACUGCCUCCCUUUUUACUCUAUGGGGAGCUUUUCAGAAGAGCUCAACAACGUCAACAGAACCAAAUGUCCGAGAGAAGUAAUGUAUUGAGUUGUAUUUUUGAGGAAGCAACAAAUAAUUUGUUGUACAAAAUAUGGAUUGAAAUCGUCAGAUAUGCGUUGUAACUGUUCUCUCUGCAGCGUUCUCACAUGUUUCCCAUAUAUGAAUGACUUCCUGUACUGUCUGUGUGUCUCUACACUGCCACCCCCUCCAACAGCCCCCAAGCUCAGUUUAACUCCCCUGCCUGGCUGUGGCCCACUGCUUGGCUUAGGUCGAUCAUGUGAGCCAUUUGUUUUAAUUUCUGUCCAUCAUGCCUUCAACAACAUGUGUAUCAAUGCAUGUAUUAAAUAUAGUACCCAGGGCCACCCAAAACUACCUGUGCAGCAAAAAGGCUUAAAAAAAUUACUCAUAAUAUUCUAGAAUUAUCAUCAUCAUUAUUGCUGUUAUGAUUAUGGUAUAAUUUGUCAUCAUUGUUAGCAUUAUGGAAGCACCAGACUGUUUGUGGAAAGAUGAGAAGGAAUGUUUUUUUUUUGUUUUUUUUUUUUAAUUCGUCUGGCUGUUGGUGGUCUGAUCUCAGAGGGAGGGGAGGAAUGGCUCAGAAAGAGACAAAGAUGGCAGUCAUGUUUGUACCGGUUGGGAAAUGACUUACAGUGCUGAAAUAAAAUUUAUUCUUUUAGU